AUGCUCCCUCCUAUCCCCGUUCUGUCCGACUAUGGAAUCUCGCCGACCCAUGGAUUCCUGCCGGACGUUCUCCCGUUGACCCGACUGCCAGAUCCCUACUAUAACAAGUGGGAGGCCGUCGUUGCCAACCUCCAGGCACUCGUCCUCAGCCGUCGGCUUCGCCCAGUUGUCGACAGGUUGCCUGUCCUCUCCACCAUCGGUCUGGAACAUGACGCAGAAUGGCGGAGAGCGUACUCCCUGUUGUGCUUCAUGGCGCAUGCCUACAUCUGGGGCGGCGAUGAGCCAUGUGAACAGUUGCCGCCUCCCAUCACCAUUCCCCUCCUGAAGAUUUCCAACCACCUUGAGCUGCCUCCGGUUGCUACCUACGCCGCUUUGUGCCUCUGGAAUUUCAAGCCUCUGUUUGUUGAUGAGGACAUUGACAACCUUGAAAACCUCGCCACUCUCAACACCUUCACUGGUUCUCUUGACGAGUCAUGGUUCUAUCUUGUCUCUGUGGCUAUCGAGGCCCGCGGCGGUCCCAUCAUCCCUAUGAUGCUGACGGCUGUGGCCGCCGCCCGCCAAGGAGAUGCCGCGACGGUUACUCGUUGUUUACGCACCUUUGCCGAGCGCCUCACCGACCUGACCAACAUUUUACAGCGCAUGCACGAGAGUUGCGAUCCCAACAUCUUCUACAACCGCAUUCGCACCUUUCUCGCCGGGAGUAAGAACAUGGCCGAAGCCGGUCUGCCGGAUGGCGUCAACUACGACGAUGGGUCUGGAAAAGAGGACUAUCGUCAGUAUAGCGGCGGCAGCAACGCCCAAAGCAGUCUGAUUCAGUUCUUCGACGUCAUUCUUGGCAUCGACCAUCGGCCAACCGGAGAGAAGCGGAAUCCUUCCACUGAGUCGGAACGUGAAUCUCGGGCCCCAGUGCCGCGUCACAACUUCAUCAUGGAGAUGCGCCGGUAUAUGCCCGGCCCCCAUGCCCGGUUUCUCAAGGAUGUUUCCAGCAUCGCCAACAUUCGCGAGUUUGUCGAGUCUCGCAAGGACGACCGCAACCUGUGCCUGGCUUAUGAUGCUUGUCUCGCAAUGCUCAGUGCAUUUCGCGAUAAGCACAUUGCCAUUGUCACUCGCUACAUCAUAUUGCCCUCGCGCGAGGUGCGUGCACGCAGCAGGUCGAGAAGCCCUGAGGCGGCACGGCAGCGUCUCAACCUGGCUACGGCCUCGCGACAGCGUCAAUCCGCUCAGGGUGACAAUAUGAACACUGCUAGGGGCAAUAAGAAUCUGAAAGGCACCGGCGGGACUGCCCUCAUUCCGUUCUUGAAACAGGCGCGAGAUGAGACUGGCGAGCCUGCUAUCGAGGAGUGGACCCGCCGCUUCAUGAGUAGGACCGUCAAAUCCGAGGGCAAGGGUGACUUCUUCCUGGGCAAGCCCAACCAGCUCGGUCACAACGUUGAAGUUGAGGUCAGCGGCCUAGCUGGUACUUGGACUAUUGAUGAUGAUGUUGGCGGCAUAUGUCAUUAUUAA